AACAUGGGUGGAAGCAGCCAAGUUUGGCGUUGGCAGGAUUUUCCCAUUCUCUUCUAUAAGUUUGGAUGAAAGAUUGUUUAAUUGAAUUGGUGGUUCUCUUCAUGCUUUCUCAAGAACAAAGGUAUAUCAUGGAUAUGGUUGUCCCCGGAGAAGCGGAUCAGGAAUUUCCAAGAUCGUUUGAGAAAUGUGAAGCACAAAAUUUUAGAAACAACUCCUUGAGAACAAAAUUUCUUGCUUUCUUAGGUGCCCAUGAAUAUUUCUCCCCAGAGAUGUGGAGGGCAGCCCUCACAGAGUUGGUAGCAACUGCCUUCCUUAUGUUCACCCUCACCUCUUCCAUCAUCUCUUGCUUGGACUCACACGAGGUUGAUCCCAAGCUUCUAGUCCCCCUUGCUGUCUUCAUUAUAGCCUUCCUAUUCCUCAUAGCCACAGUUCCUUUAUCUGGUGGGCAUAUGAGCCCGGUCUUCACAAUCAUAGCUUGCCUCAAGGGUGUCAUAACUCUUGCUCGAGCUUCCAUCUACGUCUUGGCGCAAUGUCUUGGCUCAAUAAUGGGUUUUCUUAUAAUUAGAACAGUGAUGAACCAUCAAACAACACACAAGUAUUCAUUAGGCGGAUGCACAAUUGAUGGCAAUGGAGCAAUAUCUGCAGUAAGCAGAGAGACUGCAUUGAUUUUGGAAUUUUCUUGCACCUUUGUUGUGCUCUUUGUUGGUGUGACUGUGGCAUUUGACAAGAAAAGGUGCAAGGAACUUGGCUUAGCAGUGGUGUGUGUUGUGGUGGCAGGGGCCAUGGCACUGGCAGUGUUUGUGUCGAUAACGAUUACUGGGCAGGCUGGUUAUGCAGGUGUAGGCUUGAACCCUGCAAGGUGCUUGGGCCCAGCAUUGUUGGAAGGAGGGGUGUUGUGGGAUGGGCAUUGGAUUUUUUGGGUUGGCCCUUUUUUGGCUUGCAUUGUUUAUUAUGGUUACUCUAUGACCUUGCCAAAGGAGGGUUUGGAUGGGUAGAGGGGGGGAAUGACAUUUGGAGGUUAGUUGGGGCUUGUUUUAUGAAAAAUGGUAGUCCUACUUAUCUUCAAGGAAUAAUUUAGUUAAUGUGUUUGAUUUGGUCCAAUUUAAGUUGAAAUUGAUUAGACAUUAAAAUAAAAU